UUAAGCUGCGGCUUUCUGCUGCAUCUGCCUGUGCGGGAUGAGCGCGUGAAACGAUGCGGAUGAAGUUGGAAAGUGAUGAGCGGGGAUGCUGAAGCUGCCGGGGAGCCCGCUUUGUUUGGAGGAGCGCAGGGCUUCUGUGCCGCCGUCGUCCCGCAGCUGCUUCCCUGUUGCUUUGUCUUCACUUGGUCCUCUGAUACCGACCGGGAGCGUCGUGGUGCGUCGGGGUUGGACUGGGACCAGCAGCCGCGGCAGCGCCCUCUGCAGGUCAGGACCAUGAACGUUUACGGGACCGGGGCGGCCGGCGGCUCCAGAGACCGGGCGGGUGCAGAGCAUUACCGAGAACAGCGGCGGCGCUCUAGCGACCGCUCACGUGACUCCUCCCACGAGAGAGGAGAGGGCGGGCUCACGCCCUGCAUCAGAAACGUCACCUCCCCAACACGCCAACACGACCGUGAACGUGGCGACGGAGGCUCCUCCUCCAGACCCUCCAGCCCACGCACCGCCAGGGUUUCCCAGAGCUACUACCACAUAGGAGGGGGGUACGCGCCUCGGCCCAUCGUCGGUGCCCCCGGACUGGACUGCCACCCCCACCCCAUGGUCCCGGGGCCGUGCGACUUGGUGUACGUGUACGACGUGAGCAACAAAGAGCAUCGGGGAGCCAUGCGGCCGGGAGAACGCGUCACGCUGAUCGUGGACAACACCAGAUUCGUGGUGGAUCCCGCCAUCUUCACAGCUCAGCCCAACACCAUGCUGGGCAGGAUGUUUGGUUCCGGUCGGGACAACAACUUUACUCGUCCCAACGAGAAAGGCGAAUUUGAGGUGGCAGAGGGCAUCAGCUCCACGGUCUUCAGAGCCAUCCUGGAUUACUACAAGUCUGGGAUAAUCCGCUGCCCCGAUGGCGUUUCCAUCCCUGAGCUGAGGGAGGCGUGCGACUACCUCUGCAUCUCCUUCAGCUACAGCACCAUCAAGUGCAGAGACCUGAGCGCCCUGAUGCACGAGCUGUCCAACGACGGAGCGCGGCGUCAGUUCGAGUCUUACCUGGAGGAGAUGGUGCUGCCGCUGAUGGUGGCCAGCGCCCAGAGCGGCGAGCGGGAGUGUCACGUGGUGGUGCUGACUGAUGACGACGUGGUGGACUGGGACGAGGAGUACCCGCCUCAGAUGGGGGAGGAGUACUCGCAGAUCAUCUACAGCACCAAACUCUACCGCUUCUUCAAGUACAUCGAGAACAGAGACGUGGCCAAGGCUGUGCUGAAGGAGCGAGGACUCAAGAAGAUCCGGCUGGGGAUCGAAGGAUACCCCACCUAUAAGGAGAAGGUGAAGCGGCGUCCUGGCGGCCGUCCUGAAGUCAUCUACAACUACGUCCAGCGACCCUUCAUCCGCAUGUCCUGGGAGAAGGAGGAGGGGAAGAGUCGCCACGUGGACUUCCAGUGCGUCAAGUCCAAGUCCAGCACCAACCUGGCUGCAGCGGCCGCAGACAUUCCCCAGGACCAGCUGGUGGUGCUGCAGCCUCCGGGGCCGCAGGUGGACGAGCUGGACACUCUGCCGCAGCCGCCCGGCGCCGGCGAGCCGCACCCGUUUGGGCCGGGGGUGGAGAUCAACCCGGGCCCCCAGCCCAGCCAUCAGCUUCAGGACAGCCCCCUCCAGGCGGCGGGCGGCCAGCAGCACAGCAGCCACGCCCAGAACACCUACCACUACGAGCCGGACCCCCACACGCCGUCCCCCUCCGCGUGACGGUUCCGCCCGCCAGCAGGAAGUGCUUUUAAUCCACAGACUCCAAAGGGGCAAAAACUGCCACACUGAUGCACAAACACACAAACUCGCUGUUCUGUCAAGCACACCCUUUCAAAAUAAAAGCACAGACACCCCCCCAGCCACUUUGCCUUCUGAUGCACAAACUUUCCCUGACCAAAGGAGGAGCUGCAGUGGGGGGGGGCAUCAUGAAAAGCCUGGAGAGGUUUUGGUUUCCCCAGAAGAGAUUAUUUUAAGAGCCACACAGACGUCACACGCAGGAAGUGAUGUUCGUUUUUUAAUAAAUGCCUUUCACAAUAA